AUGGCUGAAAAGGCACCGCUCGAGCCCAAGACACAUGGCGAUGAGCCCCCGUCCUAUCCCGAUGAGACUCUGAAAGAGGCCGGCAAUGUCGAGAUCCAGUCGCUGACGCCGGAGGAGGACAAGAGGAUUCUACGGCGAAUCGACCUCUACCUCCUCCCGAUGAUGGCCGUCUCAUACAUGUUCCAGUUUCUAGACAAGUCCGCCAUGAGCUUCACAGCUAUCCUGGGUCUGCAGGAAGAUCUGCAUCUUGAAGGCGAGGACUACUCCUGGGCAAGCAGCAUUUACUACUUCGGCUACCUGGCCGCGUCCUACGUCGCAGCUGUCUUGCUGGUUCGGUUCCCCGUUGGCAAGAUGAUUUCGACUUCAAUCAUUGUCUGGGGCGCUGUGCUGAUGUUGACUGCGGCCUCGUUCAACGACAAGGGCAUCAUCGCAGUUCGUUUCUUCCUCGGCCUCACUGAAGCUGCCAUUGCACCGGGCCUGAGUAUCGUCGUUUCCAUGUGGUACAAGCGAUCAGAGCAGCCUUUCCGCCACGGAAUCUGGUUCCAGGGAAUCACCAUCGCCGGUGUCUUCGGUGGGUUGCUUGCGUACGGCAUCGGGCAUAUCGAAAGCAUUGCUCCGUGGAAGGCCGUGUUCCUCAUCUUCGGCGCCAUCACGAUUGUUUGGGCUUUCGUUCUCUUCUACUGGCUUCCAGACCACCCGCUGAACGCCAGGUUUCUCAGCGACGAGGACAGACGCAAGGCCGUCAUCCGAGUCCAGGAGAACAUGACCGGCAUUAAGAACAACGAGUUCAAGGUCAAGCAGGUCAUCGAGGCCCUUCUCGAUGUGAAAUGCUGGGCAUUAGUUCUCAUUCAGCUGACAUGCUCCAUUCCAAACGGCGGAGUCUCCAAUUUCGGUUCUAUCAUCAUCGAGGGCUUCGGCUUCAGCACCCUGAAUACGCUGCUUGUUCAGAUCAUAACCUACGUCUUCCAGGGCGUCCUCGUCCACCUCUCCACCGCGGGUUGCUCAUGGUUUAAGAACAGCAGAACGUACUGGAUGGCAUGGAACUCGGCGCUUUCAAUUGCUGGAGCUGCGAUGGCGAGACAGAUAUCUCCAGAUAAUACUUGGGCCCGGUUCAUGGGCUACUGUCUGGCGAAUGCGUAUUCCUGCAACUUCCCACUGACGCUUGCAAUGUCGACGGGCAACAUUGGUGGCUUUACGAAGAAGACGACUGUGAAUGCCAUGGUCUUUAUCGGAUACUGCGUCGGAAACAUCAUCGGACCACAUCUCUUCUUCUCCUACGAGCAGCCAUCGUAUCCCUCUGGUUUCCUGGCGAUGCUGAUAUGCUUUGGCGUUUCCUUUGUAAUCCCCCUUGCCUUGAGGUAUUAUCUCGUCUGGGAGAACCGCCGCCGAGACCGUCUUGGUCCUGUAGAUAGUGGCCUUUCUGCGGAGGAUCUGGAUGCUGCGGUCCUGGACAAGACCGACAAGGAGAUCUUGCAGUUCCGCUAUGUCUAUUAG